CGGGGUGGGAACGUGGAGGCUUGGGGGGAGCAGAGGUGUGUCUGUCUGCUGCUCUCUCCUGUCCCGCUCAGUCGCUGGUGCUCUGUCUUGGGUGCAGACCACAUUCUCCCAGGCACCUGCACCGCCCGCCAUGGGUACCUGCAGCAUUUUCCUGUGCCUCCUGCUCCUCUGCGGGGCCCUGGGUCUCACCACUUCCCCUGCCCGGGUCCGGCUCCACUGUUACACCUGCAGCUUUGCUAAGCCCUGCUACCCCGUUCCCACGGAGUGCCGGGACGACGAGGCUUGUGGCGUCAGCGUGGGCACCUCAGACCAGAAUGAGGUCAUCGAGCGGAAAGGCUGCCUCCCUAGGGCCCAGUGCCCUCUGCCAGGCCACACCACCUACUGGUCACGCUCCUACAUGCUGCAACAUCGGUGCUGCGAACAGGACCUGUGCAACAUGGCCACCACAUCCCAGCGGCUCCCUAGCCUCCUGCUCACUGCCCUGGUCCUCCUUGUGACCAGCUUCACUUGGGCAGGCCACCUCCUCCGCUAGCCUCAUGUGGGUCUGCGGCCCUCAACCCUGGGCUCCUCCACCAAGACCAUGGGCCUGGAACCCCGGCACCUGAGAUUUACCCAAGAACCUGAUUUUGCACAAAGACCUCAGACCCUUGGGCCCAGUGCCUCUAGAUUCCUAUGGGCCCUGCUCCGGGCCGGCAGGUGCCUGCCAAGAACCCAGCCCCCAAGCCAACCCUUGUCCUGGGUCUUUUCUAGAGGCCUGGAGCCCAUGAUCCCUCUCAGCCCCAGGCUCCUGGUGAGGCAGCCCCUUUGUUGCAGUCAUGGGUCCCUGCAAGAGGGUUGAAGGGGUGACGAGGAGAGUCUGGCUAGGAAAGAUGUAACUUCUAUACUGGGAACUCAGGAAGGAGAGACUCAGCUUGGGGAGCUAUAAAAAGUAGAUUUAAUAAAAGGGGGGGGACUUAGCUCAGUGGUGCCGCCUCCUGCCUCACAAGCGCAAGGUCCUGAGGUUGACCCCUGGUAACCCCCCAAAAGUAGAUUUAAUA